AUGAAGACGGGCGCGAUGGCUGGUGGUGCUCUGCGAAGCCUGCACUCCGCGGCUUCGCGCAGCGUGGCAGCGAGGGCGACCCCGGACACGACGCUCGAGGGGCGGAAGUACCUCGUGACGGGCGCGACCGACGGCAUCGGCCGGCACACCGCGCGCCAGCUCGCCCUGCGCGGCGCCACCGUGCUGCUCCACGGACGCUCGCAGGCGCGCGUGGAGCAGACGAUCGCCGAGAUCGCGAAGGACACGGGCGUGGAGUGCCAGGGCUACGUGCACGACUUCAAGGCGCUCGCGGGCGCGCGGGCCCUGGCGGACGACGUGCUGCGCGACCACGGCUCGGUCGACUGUCUCCUGAACAACGCAGGUGUGUACUUGCCGAGCAAGGAGGUGUCGGACGACGGGUUCGAGAUGACGUGGGCGGUGAACGUGCUCGCGCCGUUCGUGCUGACCCAGGCGCUGGUGGGCGCGGUGUCGUGGCGCAUCGUGAACGUGGCCUCGCUGAGCGCCGCCCACAGCGUGGACUUCGGCAACCUGAACCAGGAGCGCGGCUACGACGGCCACAACGCCUACUCCCUGAGCAAGAUCGCGAACAUCUGCUUCUCCAACUGCCUCGCCGACCGCCUCGCAAAGGCUGGAUCCCCCGUCACCAGCAACUCCCUUGACCCAGGGACAGUCGACACCAAGAUGCUGCGGGCCGGAUGGAGCAUGGGCGGCAUCCCCGUGUCCACCGCGAACAACCAGCUGCACCUGUGCACCAGCCCCGGCGUGGAGGGGGUGUCUGGGGCGUACUACGUGUCGCAGCGGAUGACAUCGCCACCGCCGCCAGCGACGGACCGCGACACGCGCGAGCAGCUGUGGGCGACGAUGGAGGAGCACACGGGCGUGAAGUUCUCGCUGUGA